AUGCGACGUGACCUGGUUUUGCUGGUACUCAUUCUGCUCGUCCUGGUACCUUUUUAUUCGAAGGGGGUAACUGGUCGCGAUCUCUAUGAAGUUCUCGGCGUUUCGCGUUCCGCAGAUGAGGCUGAGAUCAAGCGAGCAUUUCGCAAACUAGCCCUGCAGCUGCAUCCCGACAAGAACCCCGACGACAGAGGAGCCGAACAACGCUUUAAAGAAAUUAGCACCGCAUACGAGAUCCUCAGCGAUCGAGAGAAGCGUCACAUCUACGACAACUACGGAGAGGCUGGUCUGAAAGCGCACGAGGGUGCUUCAAGCGCUGGUGGCGCGGAGGGCCACGGGUUUUUCGAGCCCUUCGAUCUCUUUGAGCAGUUCGGUUCGGUGUUCGGAGGUGGUUUCAGAGGCAAACCGCGAGGAGCGCACCGUGAGAGUGCCGCAUCUGACCUGCCGCCUGGACCCGAUCUCUUGCUCGUGCUGCCGGUGACACUCACAGAUCUGUACAACGGGGCAGUUCGCGAAGUUGUGCAUCGUCGUCGUGUACGCUGCCCAAAGUGGUUUCAAUCGUGUCUGACGACAUGCUCUGCCUGCCACGGACGCGGUGUGCAAAUCAUAACGAGACAACUUGGACCCGGCUACGUGCAGCAGAUCCAGACGAUCUGCACUGUAUGUGGCGGCAAGGGCCGCACAGUUCGCACUCCCUGCGAUGCAUGUCCGCACGGUGAAUUCGAGCAGCAGGAGAAGCUUCUCACGAUCGACAUCGAACGAGGAGCAGAGGAUGGAUCCCGAAUCCCAUUUGAAGGCGAAGGCGACGAGGGUCCCGGCACGAGCGCUGGGAAUGUGUACUUCAUCUUACAAAGCGAGCCGCAUCCGUAUUUCUGGCGUGAAGCCUCUGCAGGUCGAUCACUGGAUCUUCAUAUGAAUCUGAGCAUCACGCUGCGUGAGGCUAUGAUGGGCUUUGAGCGCGUCGUGAAACACUUGGAUGGGCACGAUGUGCGCAUCUCCAAUGGAAGCGCCGACAUUCUUGCGACUGGCGACACACUACGAAUACCCGGUGAGGGUAUGCCGUCGCGCGUGGCCCCCAAUGAGGCAAGCGGUCGCGUUCCGUACGGCGAACUCCUUGUGCAUGUUCGGGUUCUCAUGCCGAGUCGGAGCGCCUUGGGAUCAGAGUUACUGCAACGUAUCGCAUCUCUGCUUCCGACAGAGCAAGCCAAAUAUAAUAGUGACGUGGAUCGAGUUUGGGAAACGCGAGGUCGGCAGUCACCAGCUUCCUCUAAUCGGACCGCGUCGCGUCCUCAUGACGAGCUCUGA